AUGCCGGGAUACGCCAAGUUUAUGAAAAACUUGGUAACUAAAAAGAGAUCUAUCGAUUGUGAGACCAUUAAAAUGACUCGUCAAGUGAGUGCUAUUGUGCACUCGAUGGCUCCAAAGCUUGAAUAUCCCGAUGCAUUUACCAUUCCAUGUACCAUUGGGAGUGCGGAUUUUGCAAAGGCCUUGUGUGAUUUAGGAGCAAGUAAUAAUCUGAUGCCUUACUUCGUAUUCAGAACUUUGGGUAUUGGUCAACCGAGAGCUACUUCAAUAACAUUGCAAAUGGCCGAUAGAAAAAUGAAGAGGCCGUUUGGUAUUAUUAAUGAUGUUCUUGUCCGUAUUGACAAGUUUAUUUUGCCUGCUAAUUUUGUGAUUCUCGACUGUGAAGUCGACUAUGAGGUGUCGCUAAUAUUGGGAAGACCUUUCCUAGAAACGAGGAAUGCAUUGGUUGAUGUGGAAGCAGGGGAGCUCACCUUCCGGGUGCGUGACGAAAAUGGUGUCUUCCAUGUGUGCAAAUCAAUGAGGCAGCUGAAUAGUACUGAGUUGAGCAGCGGUGCUAACGGCUUAGUUGUUGCUGCUGCUUCGCCCUUCAUCGUCGUCAGUUUGAUUAUAGCUCGAGCUCGAGCUCUCAUGGCUGCUGCUCAUCGUUCCUCAGUUUCAAUCCGUCGAGGUCGUCUUUUGUCGUUUUGA